AUGCCCCGGGAGAUCCGUCCGUACCUAACGCGCGUGGCUGAUAGCCCCGAAAUUUGCCUUCGACUACGAAAAAAAGUGCAAACAGCUGAAGAAAAGUGCAAGGGUCGCGCGUCACUGCGUCUACGGUGGGGGAUGAUGGCGACACGGAACGACGCCAUGGUCGAGAAACCAUCGGUAGGCGUUUCGGGAUGUCGGGAAACAAACCCUGAUAUUGUGGAGAACAUGGGGCUAUCGAAGGAAGCAAGGGCCAGACGUCCGCACGUACCGGUCGCACGAUUUUGCAAUAAGCGCCCUCCGUCUCAUGCUCCGCCUUUGGAAGAAGACGAAGACAUUGACAGUCAAGACGAAGAAUACUAUCUCGAAGAAGAGGACGAGGAUGGCGACGAGGACUAUCUCAGUGACGGAGAGCAACAUCCCGAAGAGCCGCGACCCGCCUUGGGCUUUGCCGGAUUGCUUUCGCGAGCCUUGGAUUCCCAACAACGACAACACGAACAACAAGAAACUGACGAGGAGUGUUCGGAAGAAUUGGACGAUACGGAACGAACUGAUGGAGAAUUAUACGAUUUGGAAAUCGUCCCGCAAACCUUGCCGGACGCGGCGGUAGAAGCGACACCCACUAGCGCAACGACACACCACGAUUCCCACAACAUCUCCCAUGCAGCGUUGGAGAAUACCCCAGCGCACACGUCGGAAACGCUCGACGCGAGUGACAACGGAAGCGCUCGGUCCCUCACCGGUCGGGCGACCGAAACACCGUCGCCCGUGCGACCAUUCCGUCCGCUGGAACGAGAACGGGGGAGUGUGACACCCGUCUCGGAACGAUCGCGGACGCGAUCACGAGGAAACUCUACUGCUAGUUUGUCGAAUGCUCCGGAUAGCGUCCAGGACGGGUCGGAACACGGACAACACUCUCUGGAUAACAAUUCAUUGCGCAGCAUUCCCGAAUUCACCGCUGCGCCCCCCAGUGGCACCCUGCACGCGUCCGUUACCUCCGUGGCGUCCACGUCCUACACACACCAAACGAGUAGUAGCACGGUGGUAGACCCACUCUUGGGUAGUACCACAUCGAUUCUACCGGAUGACAACUCUUCGUCGUCUCGUCUGGAAAAUUCGACGUCCUCUCACCAACGCCGGCGAGCACAACGUCAACCUCCACCUGAUGUUGUUCCAUCAGCUACGUUCAAUCGGCCUCCAUCGACCAAUAAUCCAACCGGUCCAGAAACUGCCUUUGCGCACGCGGCUUUUCAAAACUGUCAUCCAACAGAAGCCACAAGUACACGCCAAAAGCUUACCGGACAUUUGCCAAGAGCCAACGGAGCGGUACAGCCGUUGUCCAAUUCUUCUCGACCCCGACCCAAAUCGCGCAACGGCAGUAACAGUAGUAACAACGGCAGUGGGCACAUUCGACUUGCAGCCAUUCCGAUUUUAGAAGAUAGCGACGAGACGCCCACGACGGCUCUCACGCACAACCCAUCCGACGCCAACGACAAGCCUCCCCGCUCACCAAGGCAACGAAUGAGAGAACACGUCGUAGUGAUCGGAAAGGAUGCCGACAAAAGCGACGUAAGCAAUACGGGGGACACAGGGGAUAACGAAAUAAAGUCUCUAGUGGUGGAACACGAAAGGGAAUUGGCCAAGCAAGUUUCCAGCUCUGGCGAAGGCAACUCGCGGUUGCUAGAAAGUUUGAACGCAUCCGUUGAAGCAUCUAAACACACCGUGUCGACACAAGACGGGAAAGAUCAGCAUCAAAUCGAUGUCCUAGAGCAUCGUUGCAGGGUGCUCGAACAGUCUUUGAAACAGGCCGAGGAUCGUGUCAUUAUUUUGCAACAAGAUGCGCGACAGAGAUUCGAACAGGACGAGAACAAACAGCAGUCGCAGAUGAUGGCCUUUUCGGAAAAGGAAGCGCGCUUAUUGCAGGCAGCGGCUGAAGAUCAUGAACACGAGAUGCGACAAUUGCGUCAUGCACAAGAACUACAGGUGCAAAGUUUACAGCACUCUUUUGCGGAGGAACGAGAAGCAGCGGACAAGGCCCGUCAACAACUUCACCAGCUUUUGGAAGACGCCAAUGCGAGGGCUGAUGAAGCCGAACGGGAAAGUUACGAGACGAAGCAAUACCAGGAGAAAUCCCGUACGCAGCAGGAGCAACAGGAAGUCCGAGCGUUACGACGGGCUGAAGACAAACUGGUCCAAGCACUCGCACAGUUGGAUGAACGAGACGAAAGCAUUCGGACACUGAAGACGUCUUUAGCCGAAAUGAAAUCGGCUGCAGAUGAACAACAACAUGCUUCCCAGGAGGCUGAAGAAGAGCUGGAAGAACUUCACGAAGAAAACGAGAACAUGCGACAUCAUGUAUCGACGAUGGAAUCCGAAAUGAAAGUGUUAAGGGAAAAGGUAGCUAAUUUGCAAUCCGAUGCUGACAGUCUCAGUCAUGUUAAGAUGGAGUUGCGAAUGCUCCAAGAGGAUCGAGACCGUGACCGUGCCAAGAACGAAUCAGUGGCGAUUAAUGCGGAGUCAAGUACGGCACAACUCGAGACAGAACGAGACGCAGCCAAGGCAGAAGCGCGAGACUUGAAACAACAGCUUGUUGCGGGGCUUGCCGAUUUAGAAGUUGUCCGAGCGGACUACGAUCGUGUCAUUUUGUCGAAUAGCAAUCUCCAGAAUGCUCUUGAAUCUUUCCAAAACGAACGCGAAGCGGAAAGAUCCAUUAUGGAAGAUCAGCGUCGGGCCCAAGAAGACGCCACGGCUGCCGCGCAUGCGGCAGCCUUGGAUGCCAUACGACAAGUCCAUGAGGCACGUAUACAUGAAAUUCAGCAUACGGCGGACAGUGCAGUGCAAAAGUCAAUCCAGCAAGUCCGCGAACUCGAAGUAAAAUUGGAACAAUAUAGGAUUGACAAUGUGCAAAUGAGACGCUCACUUGACGAGGCCAUCAUCCGACUGCAAUCGAACCAAGAAGAUGUGAUUGAUCGAUCUCUGAUGAAGAAUAUUCUUCUUGAUUGGCUCUCCAAAACGCAAAGCAAAGAAAAACGACAAGUGUUGGAAGUGAUGGCUAGUGUUUUGCAUUUUUCAGACGAAGAAAAAGAAAAGGUGCACAUUACAGACCAGGCGGGUCGCUUUGGAAGGGUGGUGGAAACGUUUACCGCUCCUCUACCGCCACCGAAAGCUGAUAUGCAGAAACUGGAAGGUGAUAAUGUUCGAGACAAAUGGGUAAAUUUUCUUUUGGCAGAGACAGAAGAUUGAAAAUAAUGGUUCUAUCACGAUUCGUUUUAUUCGCUAACAUAAGCAAUGUUUAGCUUGUC